AUGGCAGACACCCAGGACCCGGUCACCACUCUCACCGCUUCGUGUCUCUGCAAAUCCACAACUUUCACCGUCUCCAUCCCCAACUCCAAGCUGCCCAUACCCACACACCUCUGCCACUGCGACAUCUGCCGCCGCUUCCAUGGCACCUUCGCCGCCUUCCACGCCGACAUCCCUCCUCCGAUAGGCCUCAAUUAUGACACCCUGACAAGCUUCGAGACACCAUGCGCAGUGCGCUACUUCUGCAGCACAUGCGGCGCCCAGGUGCUUGACCGCGCGAAAGAAGGCGAGAACUGGUGCGUCUCCACAGCGAUGUUCAACCACAAAGACGUUGAUGAUAUCUUCGAAUACACCGCCCACAUCUUCGUCGGCGAUACCAAGGACGGAGGCAUGAGCGAUUGGCUGCCCAGCGUCAAGGGGAAAGAGCUCAAGCGGUGGAAGACGACGCCGAAGGGCCGGGGAGCCAGUGAUGAGGAGCUGCCGCUAUACUGGCGUGCUACUGCUCCCCCCAAAGAGUCCGCGAAGGAGGACCGCGUACACGCGCACUGCUACUGCAACGGCACCAGCUUCUACCUCCACCGUCCCGACCCCUGUAAGAUGUCUCGCGAACUCGCAGAAAAACGCAUCUCCCCUCGCGACCCUUCAAAAUGGAUUGCCAAAGUCUGCGCCUGCGACUCAUGCCGCCUGGCCGCCGGCGCCCAGCUCGUGCCCUGGGCCUACGUGUCAAAGGGUCACAUCACGCAAGCGAACGGCGAGCCCUUUGAGGUUACCUUCGGAACGCUCAAGGCGUAUCGGAGCUCCCCUGGGGCCACAAGGACGUUCUGCGGCACUUGUGGGGCGCAGUGCCAUUACGUCCGGGAUGGGGAGGAUAUCGUUGAUAUAUCGGUUGGCUUGCUGGAUGCGGAGAGUGGAACAAGGGUUGAGGAGUGGCUAGAUUGGCAGACUGAGAAGUUGGGCUAUCCGGAGGAUGCGGAGGGGAGUGGGUUGGUUAAGGCGUGUGCUGAGGGGCUUAAGGCUUGGGGUAGGAGAGUAGAAAGACGGAAGGAGUAUACAAGUUAG